GUGACGGCGUGGCGGCGUCGGCGGUGGAUUGAGCGGGUCUGAGCGCGGUUCCCAGAGGGCUGCGCGCCCUGGCUCGUCGGCGCUGUCAUGGCGGGUGUGCUGAAGAAGACCACCGGCCUUGUGGGAUUGGCUGUAUGUGAGAGUCCACACGAGAGGCUAAAAAUAUUAUACACAAAGAUUCUUGACGUUAUUGAGCAAAUUCCUAAAAAUGCGGCAUAUAGAAAGUAUACAGAACAGAUUACAAAUGAGAAGCUGGAAAUGGUUAAAGCGGAACCAGAUGUUAAAAAAUUAGAAGACAAACUUCAGGGUGGCCAAAUAGAAGAGGUGAUCCUUCAGGCUGAACAUGAACUAAGUCUGGCGAGAAAAAUGAUGCAAUGGAAACCAUGGGAUCCUUUAGUAGAAGAGGCUCCUGCCAACCAAUGGAAAUGGCCAAUAUAAUCAUCAUUAAAUGAUUUGUGCUCUGAUGGGAAACUGAUGUAAUUUGAUGCUGUUAUAUAAAAAUAUAUUAUUGACAUCUUAUAAUCAAGAAAACUGAUGUAGAACAUAUUUAGGAGACUUGUUAAAAUUGGUGAUUAUGGUAAUAGGGAUUGUGAACUAGGUUUUGAUUUGUAAAGCAUUCGUUCAAAUUAUUUCAAAGAUGAUUUUUUUUUUAAAUAGGUUGUGGGAAGAUUUGAAGGUUAAUUGGGAAUAUUCCUAUAGAUUUUCAGUGCAGAGGCCAUAUUUGCAAGGUAUUUAUAGUGGUAUCUUCAACACAUUUAAUUUUUCUUGCUCUGAAAACAGAAAAGUUGCUUAAUUAUUAUUUUUGUUUAAGCAAAUUUUUAUAGGUCACUGUUUGAAAUGAAGUAGUAAGUAAAAACCAUCAAAUUAGAACUGUACAGUUGAGGAAAUUGAUUUGGUAUUUGAAAAAGAUUUAUUAUUUACAGUGGUAGUUGGAAAAUAUUUUCCUUUUGUCUCAUUUAAGGAAAUAGCUUUCUGGCCCUUAGCCUUUGGUUUUCUUCAUCAUCCAAACUACAUCAGGAGAAUUUCUGUGAAAGAAGAGGCAUUAAGAGUUCCUGAUUAUAUCCAUCAUAUGGAUACACUUAUAUUCAAAACAUCUUAGUUGUAUGGUUAUAACUUCAAAGUAGAAUCACUAGUUUUCACAAAGUUUCCAAUAUGAGUGCAGCUGGGUAUCAAACAAGAUAUAUGUUGUUCAAGGAAGGAAGUAAUUAGCAAGCUUAAGGUUAAACAAAAAUAAAGUCAUUUCUCAGGUGUCCUCACCUUUUCUUCCUAGCCCCCUAUAUUUUCUUAAUACUUAAAUUUGGUAGUUUUUAUCUUCAGAGGCAUCGCUUUGGUUUUUUUGUGUGUAAGUAUGCAUGUAUAUGUGUGUUUUGCUAUCUCUGUGGCAAAGCAGAAAUCUUACAGAAUUUUCAGAAUGAGGAAAAAAGUUGUAUUUUUCUUUUUCCAAUAUAUUUCUCCCCUUAGCUGUGAAUUGAAUGCUAAAUAAAUAUUAAAUGAAGUGGA